AUGUCUACAGUAAGACCGGUAGAAUGGAAUGAGCUGUCUCUUUGUCCAAUGGAGAAUAAGAGCCGUGUCUUCCCGUCGACGCGACUAUUCAUGGCAAUCCUACUUUGUUUCUGUUUCAUAUCUUUGUCUGUAACGACAUCAAAUAUUUCUCAAGCAAUGGUAUGCAUGGUACGUAAGCCAUCCCCUCUGCCUAAUCACAAGGUCACUGAGAAUCGCCAUAUUCGGCUAGAGCGGGACCUUGGUGGUUUGUUAACUUCUCCUCCUAUUGAUUCUAAUUUAUCUGCCCAAGAUGCCACGUGCUAUCAAAAGUCUCCAAAUAACUCUGUAAUCGUCGUUUCUUGUCAACAACAUGGCCUCCUGAAGUGGACUUCACAGCAGCAAGUGUUGAUGCGAGCAGUACAUUUCUUUUCCAAACAUGAGCAAUUGAUGAGAAACAGGAGUGUCAGAGUGAACAGUACUUUUGCAGGUGUGAUCUAUGCGGCCCAGAAUGUGGGCUCAUUAUUUAUGUUAAUAGCUGGCUGGCAAGCAGACCGUUUAAAUGGCAAGUGGACGAUAGCAAGUGCUUUGACUCUACUCAUUUUGUCAAACUCACUCUUACCAACUGUAGCCUCUACUUCGCCAUGGCUAGUUGCUGCUUUCAGGAUGAUCACCGGUAUUGGAGACGCACUACUAUUUCCAUCGGCUUCAUCAAUGAUCACAAGAUGGUUUCCACCUAAAGAGCGGUCGUUUGCUAUUGGAUUUAUCACCGGUGGAAGGCAGUUAGGAACACUCUUGAUUCUGCCAAUCGGUGGAGUAUUCUGUGAACGUCCGAUGGAAUAUGGAUGGCGUGCGAUUUUCUACCUGUCUUCCAUUAUCGGCGCUGUAAUACUUGUUGUUUGGCUCUUUCUCUCUGCUGAUAAACCCUCGAAGCAUUUCUGUGUGUCGAAGCGAGAAGAAAGAUAUAUUUUACGCAAAAUAGAGGAAGAAAUAAUUGGAAAGCGUAGUGACAGAGGAAGCCCGCCCUGGAAUAAACUUGUUCAAUGCCUGCCUUUGUACAUGGGCAUAGGGGCGUUGGUUUGCCAUGAAUAUCCUCUUGUUAUCAUGUUGCAGCUUCUUCCUAAGUAUUUCUCUGAUGUGCUAGAGUUAUCGAAUACAACAAAUGGUCUUAUCUCUUCGCUUCCUUCUAUUGUUCUCCUAAUUUCUAAAACUCUGUCAUGUAUUGUUGCGUCCUUAAUAACGGCACGGAAGCCACCGCUUCUGGGGGCAACAACAUGUUGCAAGUUUUUUAAUCUCAUCGGUUCACUAGGUCUUGCAAUUUGUGUAGGAUUAGUGCCUCUUCUCGGGUCGAAAGGAAAUCCAGUACCAGUAAUUUUAGUGCUUUGCUUUGCGAACGCAUUUGCUGGAAUGCAUACACCUGGAGUACAAACAGCUCUUGUGCAACUUGCUCCAGCAUAUAGCGGGAUUAUUACAGGGAUCGCAUUCUCCUUUUCUGCUAUAUUUUCCAUUAUAAAUAAGAUCGCCAGCAGCUUUAUACUAUUGCAAUAUGGACGUAGUAGUAGCUCCAUGUCAAAUUAUAAAGAGCAGAGAUGUUUAUCAACUAACAGAGUGCACACUAUUUGUGAGUGCUGUUACAGAUCUGGAACGCCGAAUGAGUGGGCAGUAGUGUUCGAGAUUUCUGCGGUGGUGGCGCUUCUUCCUGUUGUAUUCUUUACCGUGUGGGGUUCCGCCGACACACAACCGUGGGCUAAAGGAAGCGCUAAAGCUCGGAAACAGGACAACCAACACUCGACGACCACCUCUUCGCUAAGCGACGAUGGCGUCGUGAAGACAUUGGCUCAAUGCAGCCUAUUUCUAGCUCAAGAUCUUGGUUCUGCAUAA